AUGUAUGCAUUCGUCACUCCACUACCCCUACUAGCCGCCGCCUGUCGUGAGGCCAUCGUGACCUCGCCUGCGACAUACGAUCCGGACCGGCGGUCGCGUUCACCUAGAGAUCGCUCUCCGGAUCGCUUCGACCGUGGACCGCCAUAUGACCAGGAUAGACGCCGGUCAUCCGCUGAAUCAAGAGGAAACCCCGGUGGCUUCCCUCCGAACCGUGACGGAUUUGGAGACUCGAUACGCCGAGACCCGCCUCGCGGCCCCAAGGCUCUCAUCGACAUGCCCAAUGGCCCCCGUGGAGGCUUCGGAGGAGAUUUUCGCGGCGGGCGCGGUCGAGGCAGGGGACGACCCUGGCAGGCUCGUGAUGACAGCAGAGAACGCGGUAGAGAAAGGGACAAUGAUUUUCGUGAACGCUAUCGCGACGAGCGUAGUCGCGACAGAGAGCGCGACCGCGACAGAGACAGAGACUGGCGCGACCGCGAUUUUGCCCGCAGGCGCUCUCCCAUUGGACGACCCAGAUCACCCAACCGAGACUUUCGAGAUCGUGAUCGCGAUGCACCACCGCUCCUAGACGUCGAACGACCCCGUCGUGGCUCUCGCGAUGCUGGACCCCUUUCGGCUGGGUCUACUGCAUCUGACCCGCCCUUUGGCGGACCUUCUUUUGCUCGCGGAGGCAGCUUCAUGAGAGGACGUGGAAGAGGAGGGAGAGGUGAUUGGGGCCCGGAACGAGGUAGAGGCCGCACACCCUACGACGACCGCAAUGAUCGCUAUCCUAGAAGCCGGUCUCAGGAGGGCCGCUGGGGUCGGGACCGCGAAGAUAGAGACAGAGGAGACCGCUAUCCCGAAGAUGGCCGCCGAGAUAUUCGCGAUGAUCGGGAGAGGCCCGAUAGAGAUCAUCUCCGUGGCAAACCAGAUUCCCGCACGCCCAAUCCUGCAGAGUCAACCCCGCAACCCCGCGACAUUUCUCCUCCGCCCGUCGCACCAUCCGCCCCGGCGUUUGGCUCCGUGCCAAAUAGAGGAUCGAUAUCCGUGGACGGCACCAUCAAGCCACCCUCUAUGCCUCGAGCGCACACCGAUCGCCCACCCUCCUCGGGCCAUUUGGGGCCAGAGAGCCCUUCCCUGAGCUUGCGGGGUCCCCCUCAAGGCCCGAGUCGACAUUUCAGCAGAAGAAUACCUGACUCUCCUAAGGCUAUGCGAUCUCAAACUUUUGCCUAUGGAGGCGACUAUCCAGAGCAGCGACGCCCCCGUAGCAGCGGGGCAAAUUCGGAUUCUGUCACUGGCACGGAUAAUCGAUCGCGGUCUAAUUACAGCGCCGAACCAGGCGAGAUUGUUAAAAACGAGAAUGAGAUGCAAGACUCCAGACAGUCGGCUGCUGAUCUCGACGAAGGCGAGCUUCCUCAAGACGAAAAGCUAUCUAGUCAGAAGAAACUUGACACCAAGCCUGUUUCACCAAAGCGACGCUUUAGGCGCAAGCGACCUGCCGUUAAUGUUGUUCGAUUCUCACUCCCCCCAAAGACCUCAAAAGACGACGAUUCCGAAUCUGACGAUGACGAAGACAUGGCCGACUACUUCGACAUGGAGAUCAGUAAAACCGAAUUUGAGUUGAGCAAGCUCCAAAAGCCAGGGUUGCCACUCGAAGUUCUUUCGCGCUAUGCCUCGCUGUCCCACGGAUCCAUGGUCAAAAUACUGAAUGAUGGUGAAGGGCUGACGGAUAUGCUCGGCGAACCACCAACAGGCGUUACGAUCGCCGCCGCAACUAAGGAAGAAGAGACGGUGCGCAGACCAAUCAGGGAAGAAGCUGCUGUAACAGAGCCUGCGACCAAGCCGGAAGAGGACAUUUCUGCCGUCACUGAUGUUCUGGUAGCGACCAAAAUUGAGGACACACCUAUUUCUCCGGUGGCCGAAGUCCCGGAGACUGAGAGCAAAACGAGCGAGAUGAAUCUGGAUCCAGAGCCGGAGCCAGAACCGGAGCCCGAGAAGGAGCCCGAGAAGGAGCCCGGGAAGGAGCCGGAGCCGGAGUCAAAGCCGGAACCCGCGCCGGAGCCCGCGCCGGAACCGAUACCGGAGCUUGAGCAGCCAGCCACCGUAGUGCCGCCGGUUUCUGAAACCGACAAAGUAACCGAGGAACCUGAACCCGAACCCGUGGCUGAAGUGAACGGAAGUCUACAAAUUACGGAACUGGAACUCGAAGAGUCCAAUGUACUUGAGGCUCUUGUGCCCAUGGAAAUCACCGAGACCGAAUCCAAGGUCCCAAGCACGCCUUCUCAAGUUGAGGACGAUGAGACAGAAUCCGAGGACGACACGUAUUUGGAUAUCAGUGCUGUUCGAGAAUACAUGGUCACUCCACCACCCGAGAGCUUGCCAAACUUCGCAACAAAACCCUGGGAUAAGGAUACUGACUUUCUGGCAACUCUUGACGCUGACCCCGAGAUCAAUAACUAUGUAGCGCAGCACAUGAGCAAGGUCCAUCUGGAUCGGGAUCAAGAACAGAAUGAGCAGCGCGAGCUGUACGCGGAUAAUUAUAUGCGCUAUCUCGAGUUCACGACCUCGAGUGACCCGGUUGCUGUGAAGAGCCGAGAUAAAUUCUCCGUCACGAUUCCCGUCCCGGAACCUACAGCUGCUUCGACGCCUGAACCAAAGCCCGAAGGUCGGACCUCGGGCCGCCGUUUCGCCUCUGAACGUGAUCUUGAGCGAGUUCUUCAAGCCUCCAUGCGUGAAGAUGAAGAGCGAAAGGAGCGAGAGCUUCGAAUACAAAAAGAGAAGUAUCGCAGCGAGAAAGAAGCCGAUAUUCCUAGCAUGUACUGGGACGCAGACGAACGCCAGAGUGUACAGUACUGGGACCAGUCGGGAUUCGUAUCACAAGACAGGCUUGUUUCUGCCUGGCAAGUUCUUGCGCCUGUCAACAAUUUUACGAAGGAGGAAGGGGAACUCUUCGAGAAGCGAUAUUUGGAGCACCCCAAGCAAUGGGGUAAAAUCGCGGAAGUCAUUCCCAACCGUGACUUUGGUGCAUGUAUCCAAUAUUAUUACCUUAUGAAGAAGGAUCUCAAUCUCAAGGAGAAGCUGAAGAAGCAGCCCAAGAGACGCAAGAAGGGCCGAGGCAAGCAGCGAUCUAGUGCGCUGAUGUCUGAGCUUGGCAAUGCCGAUCCAGAAACGGAAGACAAUCAGGAAACUGGCGAGAAUGGUGAGAGGCGGCGCCCGAGACGCGCUGCUGCCCCUACAUGGGGCUUUGAACAGCCUCCCAUUGACCCUGAUACUUCUACGCCUGCCUCAACGCCUGGUCGGCGUGGCCGAGGUGAGCCGGGAGAGAAGGCAGAUGGCAGGAGGCGAGGCAGAAAGUCAGCCAAGGAGAAGGAGAAGGAAAAGGAGGCGAAAGAAAAGAAGGCGAACCAGUCGUUGUCUGCCGCGUCCACUCCUGGACCAAGCAAGGGACGACCGCGAUCGUCUUCACGUAUACCCGAAGGUCCUGCACCCACGCCCAACGAAGUGCAACCUACCAUACCCAACUUUGAGCAGUCUAUCCCAUCUGGCAUUCAGCCACCGUUCUCUGUCCAUUCGCAGCCGAUGACUGGUAUUGAGCGACAACAGACACCUGUGGCCCCCCCUCCAAUAGCGGAUGUGAUAUUGGCGCCGUCUCUUCGGCCAGAGCCGCCACCACCACCACCACCUCAACCAGCCAUGGCAACUUUCAACUUGUCACAGUCCAGCCAGGAUCGUAAGGCGGCUACGCAAGCAUCUAGUUACUGGAGUGUAUCCGAAUCUAACGACUUUCCUCUGCUGCUCGCGGCAUUUGGAUCUGACUGGACCGGCAUAGCAAACCACAUGGGGUCGAAAACGGCAGUUAUGGUAAAAAACUAUUUUGUUCGCCAAAAGGACCAGACAAAACCCGAACUGGAAGCGAUUGUGUCCGAGGCAGACGCGAAGCGCAUGCGAGGUGAGAAGCGACCUGAUCCACCAAUGCCCACGACUGGUGGCCGUGGAAGGCGGUACGAUGUACUGCCACCUGCACCUGGCCGCCCUGGACCCUUUGGUGUUCCACAAGGAAUGGAAAUGCACAGCGAGCCGCCGCCGCCACCCAAGCAGGAUCCUGGGCAGCCAGGCCGGGCGCCGGGAUAUCCCGCCUACGCAGUUCCCAUUGCAAAGGCGCCUGCACAGGGUCUUGGGCCGCCUGCAGGGCAGGGACAGCCCGUCGGCGCCCAAGCCGCGCCACCGCCAGUUGGCCCGCCACUCUCUCCUUCCCGCACUGGACGUGGACCCCCGCCUGCUUUUGGCUUUCCUGAUCGUGAGCGAGAUGUUCGCGGACCCCUGGCACCAAAAGGACCGGUCGCUGGUAGUCCAGACAUACGAGAUCAACGAGUUUUGCACGAGCGCCAGAAACCCGACAUUGCACUGCGCGAGAUGCGCGACCGAGAACGAGAGCGGGAUCUCGGUCGUCCGCCUAUGCACGUGAAGCAGGAGGAGAUGCCACCCCAACAUGGUGGCUACGAGCCGUUUGGCCAUCGCCAACAGCCGAGCUUGGAACAGGUCAGACCCAAUCCGCUGUCACUCGGCCGGCCAGCAACGACAGAGCCUCCACGCAACUAUGGUCAGGGACCACAACCUGGCCGAGGACUUCUUGGCGAUCCUGGCCCUAGCCACUCGCCUCCAAUGUCGAGGCCAAUGUCGACCAUGGGCUCGCGACCACCCUCUGGGGAGCUCUACCCUACCCAUCCCUCCCAUCCCUCCCAUCCCUCCCAUCCUUCCCAUCCUCCACAGUCGCGCACUCCCGUCCCUGGUAGUGGUUUAGCGAAGCCCCCCGAGCCACGUAAGACGUCCAGCAUUAUGUCUCUGCUGAACGACGACCCUCCGCCCGCACCAAAGCGAGUCAACGAAGUUGUUACCCGGGCUGUCGCAACGCCGCCGCCACAGUCCAUGUCACGUCCGGCCUCCGCACAACAGCAGUCUGCUGCAUCUCUGCGUCGUGAACCAGAACAGGUGUACCAUGGAUAUGGCCGCAACCCCCCUCCUUCAGCAGCUCCUGCAGGUAUGCCAUCACUCAAACCUUCGCAACCUCCGCCGAUGCAAGGAUCGCGGAUGACCAUGGAUGCCCAAUCCGAGCGUGAUUACUACCGACCACAUGGAUAUCCGUCUGUGCCGCAGAAUACCGCUACCAACUCACCGCCGACGGCUCCCCAUCGAUAUGCUCCUCCACACUCGCAGGCAUACCAGCCUCAGCCUGUCUACCCGAACCAGUACAGCUCUGCGCCGCCCCCGCACGCAGCCUCGCCGCCUCCUCAGUAUGCUGGCCAUGCGGCGCCGAGGGGCAGAGACCACGGCCCUCCACCGCCGCAGAAUGUGCGCGACUCGGGCUGGCCCACACAUCAGCAGCCUCCUAGCAAUGCCUGGCAGCAGUCCCCCGGUCCUAAGACGUCACAGGGACCGCCGCCACCACAGUCAUGGUCACCGACACCGCAGGGGCAGCCGCCCCCUCACCCGCACGCCGUCAGAGACGAACGAGGAUACGCCGCGCAAGCGAUGCAAAGCCGCUACGCGCCGCCGCCGGCAACAACAAGGCCGCCCGAUCCAGGUCCACCACAAGCGCCAUACAAUCGCUACUCGGCAACGCCCGUGCCUCGCGACCCGCGCGAGAUGCCCGGCCGGAGCUACACGCCUGGAAGCUACGAUACUAGAGGGCCGCCGCCUCCCGGUCCUGGAGGAUACCCAGCGCCGGACCCGCGGGAUCAACGAGAUCCGCGAGAUCAACGAGAUCCGCGAGACCAGCGAGAUCCACGGGACAUGAUGUCGAGAGGGUUGCGACCGCAAGAGUAUGAUCGACGCCAGGAUCAGUAUAGACGAUGA